AUAAAAAUGAUUGUUUUCCUAUCGAUUCAAACGGCAUUCAAGGGGUUACAGUUCAGAUCGUAUUUUACAUAUAGUUUUGCGGAAAUUAUAAUUCGAUCAAUAUUUCUGAUGCUUCUUGCCCUUACAAAAAGGAAAUACGAAGGUUCCUUAAACCUUGUAUAAUAUCGAACCAUAAAUGGACAUGUAUGGUGGCUAUCUUGCAUUCUUCUGUUUUGUUUUAAUAAAUAUUUGCUGUCAGAGGACUGAAUGUUGCAGAAUUUGGGACGAAAAACAUUUGCACUGCAAAGAAUGCUAUCCAGGAUAUCUGGGUUGGAAUUGCUCAGAGCAAUGUCGCUAUCCUAAUUACGGAAGAUUUUGUCAGGAAUUGUGCAAGUGCGAAGAGAAGUUCUGUGACAUCGCCACUGGAUGCAUAGAACCAGACAAGACAAAUUGUCCCCAAGGAUAUCUUGGUCAAAACUGCCAGGAGAGAUGUCGCUAUCCUAACUACGGAAUAGAUUGUCAAGGACUGUGUGAGUGCGAGAAGAAAUUGUGUGAUGUCGCCACUGGAUGCAUUUCACCAGCUGACGAGUGCCCUUCAGGAUAUCUAGGUCAUAACUGUUCAAAACAAUGCAACUAUCCUAAUUACGGAAACCAUUGUCAGGGAUUCUGCGAGUGUGAGGAGCGAUUUUGUGAUAUCGCUAAUGGGUGUUUUUCACAAGACGGAUGCAUUGAUGGAUACAUUGGCGAAGGAUGCAGACAAAGCUGUCAAUAUCCGUCAUAUGGAAAAGAUUGUCAAAAACUAUGUGAAUGUGCCGAAUCUGUUUGCAAUUUUACAACCGGAUGUGACACUUUCAAACAUAAUGUCUUGAAGUUGGACGAGUCCCAUGAAUCAAUGGUGAAACAAAUCACAGGAAACCCCUUAAUGGCGAUCAUUGUUUCAGUAUCUGUCGUGUUCUCUGUCUUAAUGUCAGCUAUCAUCUCACUUGUCAUCUGGCGACUAAAAAGACCAGAUAGGACAAUCAUGAGAGCGUCUUCUCCAGUACAAGAACAACAGACAAUGAACAAAGCAACGACGCUGGGAGCAGCAAACACUUACUGCUUCAAUGACGAUGCUAGACUCAGUCAUUUCUAUAGUUCGCCGAUAGAAAUCUCCACCAGCCUAAAUAACCCAGAAUGACAUUUCAAUGUGUUUCAACGGGAAUGUGUCCCAUGUAAAAAUUCUGAUGCCAAUGUUUGUAAUAGGCACUAAUUGUAUAUACAGAAGGGAGGGUAAAAAAAAGUAACAUUUUACACUUUUUAAAAAGUUGUUAUGAGUAUCAAUCUUUGUAAGUCUCAUUAUUUUUCAAGAAAGAAAAAAAAAUCCAAUAUUUUUUUAUCAGUAUCCUUUAUACGUUUUACCAGUUCAUGUAUCAAGAUAUGCAAGAGUUUAAUAUUCUGAUUUGAGAAGUAAUUUUGUUAACAGAACAGUAUAUUUAAAGGACUAAAAUGGCCCCUUAAAAUGAACAUCAUCAUUUUACUGUAAUUCUUUGUUUUCUUUGUACAGAUAUAUAUGUGAUGUUUUUACAUUAGGUUCAUUUUGAUUCAAAUGCCUAAAAUUUAGAAAUAUGAUAUCAUAAAGACAACCUUUUCCCGCCAUUUUUGCAUUUUUAGCAUAAAACAGCUUGUUUUCAUGCAGUUUUUCUUUCAGAAAACAGAGAGCGCAUGCUUGAUGUUUUAUUCAGAGAUGUAACUAGCCAAACCUAAUAACUAACAAACAAAUUUUCCUUGUUCAAGCAUGCGCUCUAUAUUUUCAAUUCGUUAAAAGAUAAGAAAAAUGUCAAUUUUUGACUGAUUUUGAUUGAAUUAUAGAAAUAACAUCACUUCUGACGUCAUAUACUGCAAGUGAGUGCAAAUAAAUCAAAUAAAUAGGUGAAAAAUAAAUCUUAUAUCAACUCUUCUAAAAAUUAACAUAACAUUUUAUUGUUCCCGGAAACACUUUAAAAAUGGCGAAUUAUGGGGGCCAAAUUCAACUCAUAUCAUAUAAAGUUCUUUUUUGACAUUUCACUCCAAGUUUCACAGAUUGGAAAUUAUGCAUCCUGACAUUAUUAUCAUUGAAAAAAAAAUGUCAAACAAUCAAUAAGAAGUUUUUAUUGAGAAUGGCUAUACCCUGCUAUUUCACGCAUAUAAUCAUUGGGAAGAACGAAAACUCUCACAUCGUUAAAUCAAGAACUAUAAUUUUCACAUUUUCAAUCGUAGCAUACGCGAGAAUCUCUAACCUUCAGUUUCAACUGUUUCCUGAAUCGGACAAUAAAAUUUCCCUCUCACAUACACCUAAUUACAUAAUCUUGCAACUGCCUUCAUUGAUCCAGUUAUCCAUACCUAUUUUAUAUGAUAAAUUGAUACAGUCUUAAAUAUGGUAAUUAGAUUUUAGAUCUAAAUAAAAUCGCACAAAUUCCUUGCUUUAAUAUUUAUACAAUACUAUAUUGUUAUUUUGAACGGAGCUUGUUCUGAUGCAGAUGUUAUUUUCUAGGAUUGAUAGAUUCAUAAUUUUUAUAAAUAUUGCUCAGAUACCUUGUGUCCUCGGUUUUCAAUAAUGUAUAUACAUGGUCUUUAAAAUGUGCAUCAAAAUACAUUUUUAUUAAAACUACUUCACCAUAAUGGCAAUGUUCACUAAUGUAACGUAUUCAGACACUGCUUGUACUUAAUAUGUCAGGUUCCAAUUAAUUGUAUAUUGGCUGAUAAUGGUCAUAAUUAAGUUUGUGUAUUUGAAAAUUCAUGGCUAUAUUAGGCCCCCCCCCCCCC